CUUGGAGAUCUGACACUUCAUCGUUCAGCUGACAGUCUGUGCCUUGCCAGUAAAGAAAGUCUAAUUUCCACAUUGACUAGAUAGGGCAUCAUCAUGAGGAUUCUUAGUUUACCCUUACUUGUCCUUUUAUUGGUUGCUGCUGCUGUGGGUGAUAGUGCUGGCAAAGAAUGCCACGAUGGGACAUGCAUCACAGAACACGAAUGGUCCCAGUUAGAUUGGAGCUGGCAGAUUCUGAGAGACAUUUCGUUAAAGGUGGACGGUAAUAAUGCAUCAGUUGAAGACAGGACAAAGCUAUGGGGAUCUUUCACCGAUUUCACAAUUAAUUCGAAAGGAUCAGAUCCCCUUCCCGAUGUUACGCCAUCCUCACAGGAAGAAUUUCCUUUAGACGUCAUUGCGUUAUUUGUCCAGGCUUUCCAUGGCAACAGAAACCAUGUCCGUGAGCGAGACAAGCCUAUCAAGGAAAUAGUGGAGAAUCGAGAGCACGAUGGAAUGAGGUACGACAAGCAGAUCAUAUUGGUUUUGGAGCCUGAUGAUCCCAUAGUAAGCGAAGCUGCCAACGAUCUUUACCACAAGCAUGAAAGUAAGUCUGCAGUUGUUGUCUGGGAUGAAAGGCUGGGCAGAUUUAGAUCUGUAAAAGGUGGGUUUCCAAAGCUGACAAAGUACGACAGAGUUCAAGUCGUGGGCCAUGGUCGCGAAAUGGAUGGAAAGACAAAGAUUGGCGGGCGUACAGGGGCAGAAUUAGCUGACGAGGUCGCCAAACUACCCGGAGCUGGUGAUGGGGAAAUAGGACGAAUAAGUUUAAUUGGGUGUAAUAUCGCCAAGACAGCCAAGCCAGAUUCCAUGCCUCUCGGUGAUGAACCGUUCCUCACAGAAUUCAUGAAUGAUCUGAAGUCCAAACACGGGAUCGAGACGGUAGUGAGCGCCAGGAAUACGUUUGUUCAAGUCAAUGCUGAGGGGCGUAAAAUGGUUGCGGAGGUGACGCCUGAUGGAAUGAAAUGGCACUCAAAGGACGCCUCUAAGAAGGUUGUAUUGAGCUUUGACGAGGAUGGUAACAUCGUGUCGGAGAAGGUUCCUGCAACUGAACGGAUCCCGGCCUACCCAUGUGUGGACUGUGCACUGGGCCCUCUCGACGUGGCGACUGUGGAUGGCGUGUCUGAAAUCUAUUUGCUCGUUGGUCCUAAAGGCAAAGAAAGAAUUGCCACGAUUGACCACAAUGAGAUGAACCGCGUGUUAGAUAAACAGACUGUAAACACUUUCUUGAAAAGUAAGGAUGACCUCAUCAGAGAGGCUAUGAUACAAAAUAAAGACAAGGUUGCACAACGUUUUAAACUAAAGAAGAGUGACGAUGUUAAGACGGUCGGCUAUAACAUUGUGUCUAUAGAUGGUAAUUCCGUUACAAUCGAAGGUGUGGGUAAAAAGGGUAAAAGAAACAGAAUAGAGUUAAAUAUUGGGUCAAGUGUAAAGAAUGCGUACGUUUAUGAGUGGGGAAAUAAGUUGGAGGUCAGAGGUAGAAAGGUCAGGGUAAUAAGCAGUGUCGAAGAAAUGGUUCGUGAAAUUAAUUGGCUGGGUUUGAAUGGGAUCAGAAACAAGGGAAAGGAUAAUCUUUAUCGGUUUGGUGACUGGGUCAUAAGCCUCGGCAAGGGAGACUUUUAUGCAAAUAUUCAUGGCUUCAUAGCUUCAGAACAAGAAGCGGGUGACAACGAGAUCGAUAAGGUUAUUACUGAUCGUGGCAAAGCAGAAAAGAAAUGGCCUUUCAAUAGUGAAAAGGGUCGUCCAAUGAAACCACCUAGUAAUAUUGAUAAGGUAUCAUACGACCAACUUCAGGACAAUAUAGAUGAUUGGGGGACUCUGAAGGAGUGCAUGGAUCAUUGGUACAAGGGGGACCACAGUGCUAUUGCCUCCAGUAUGAAGCUUGGGUACGGGUCUGCGAAGGCUGCUGUGCUUACAUUUGCUUUCAGCAUAUCCGAAUCCGUAAGAAAUUUUCGAACGCACAUUGUUAAUGUAAUGGCAUUGGAAAUGUUAGACCCGUUAAGGCAUGGUGCUACUCUUACGAUGAAAGAGUUCCUGCAGAACCAUCCAAUGGCUCGUGGAGGAACGUGGCCCGACCGUGGUAGAACAGGAUUUAAUGGCCUAAAUGAAGGUAAUACUGACAAGGUACUUCCCAGAGAGCUCGCAUUCACUCGGCAUUGGCUCCUUAGUCUUAAGCCAGAUGAGGCUUAUCCACAUGGUAGGGUAACAGCAAUUGACAAGUCCGAUCCACGAUUCCGGGGACAACCGGUUGAAAACACCGAACUACAGAAGGUAAUUGAUAGCUUUGCCAUUCGAGACUUUAAUGCAAUAGCUGAGGGGGAGGAUGGCUUGGGAAGACGUACAACUGGACAAAGUGAGUCACAAGGGAAAGAAGAAAAGAGAGGACCACUUGGUGACAUGAGUGAAAUUGUAGACACAGCGGAAGUAAUGGAAUCUAGACGGACAUCACUGGAUAUUAGAUCACUAUCCCUGCGUUCAAUGAGUGCGGUAGCAGCUGACCAUGCAUACCUUACUGGUAAAGUCGCAGAAAUCGUCAGAAGUAAAUCACUGCCAGCGAACUUCAAGCUGGAUGAAAACUCAGUAAAAGUUGAGGAGGACGAGAUGAAAUUCUCAAUGGUUAAUGAGGAGAACCCUGCAGAAAAAGAAGAACUAUCUGGCGAAAUCGACCACAGUGAGUUGCAAACGCACGACACAGUAGACGAUCUACAUGAUCAUGUAACUGAAUUUGCAGAUCCUGUCAAGGGAGGGGUGCAUCAAGCCAAUACCGUUUUAGGUGUCUAUGGGAUCGUGUCUGGUCUAGGAGGAGCCUUGCAGGCUUUUGAAGAUGGCAAGAGCGGUGAGGGUUUUUCGGACCUGCUCCAGAGUUCAUAUGGCAUAGGUGAUUUGACUGGGUUGAACAAAAAAAUUUCAAAAGCGGCAGGCAAAGCAUUUGUUUCCCUUUUCAAAGAUAAAGUGGUGGAUCUAAAGACUGCCAUUGGAGAUAAGUUAGGAAGCCAAGUUGAAGAAGGUCUGGGUAAAACGGCUGGUAAAGUGGUUGACCUCAUGGAACAUGUCCCCGUUUUAGGACUUGCGUUUGGUAUCAUGAGUGUUGUUGAUGAUAUCAAGCAGCACAAUGCUCUUGGAUACAUGGACGCCGGUUUGGAUACUGCGAUUGCGGGACUGUCAAUGCUCGGCCCAGAAGCAGAACCACUUGUAGUUGCCCUGACUGUUGUUCGUAUGUUUAUUGGCGACUUCUACAAUGAGAUUGACAGUGCCCUGAAGAAGUUACCCAAGGACGCGAGUUCCUUGCAGAAAUUCGAUGCAUUUAUGAAGGGGUUUGCACUGGCAUUAAAGGAUGUAUGGGAGCAAUUCACGUUAUUUGGACAAAUAUUUGGUGCAAUCGAACAUUCGAGGAACUUGGACAAGGAAUACAAUAAAAACAGAGCGUUUUUGCGUGGUCUUGCUGAUUACCAUAAUUACUUUAAAGUUGAAAAAGUUAAAGGUGGAUCAGUGGUAGACUUCGCCGACGGCAGCUCUUCAUGGAAUGGUGGUGAUAUAACAUUUUGGCUUCAUGAAGACGGAACGGCUACACUAAAGAUGGACGAAAACGUUGAUGAAAAUGGUAAUCAGCGCACUGUAACAAACACCAUUAAUGUUGGAGACUCUACAGGUAUAGUCGCGGGCAUUGGCGAGUCGCACGACAUUAGCUUCAAGACGGAAACGGUCAAAAUAUUUUUUUUUAUCCCUGUUGACAAGAAACGAAUUAUUAGUGGCACAGAUGGAGAUAGAAAUAGCUUACACGGUACAUAUUAUGGGAACUCCAAGGACAACCAGUUCUUCACAGUUCAGAAGUUGCCAGAUAAUAGCAAGCUUGACUAUACCCUUGGCGAUUACUUCUACGACUUGUACGGAAUGGACGGCAACGACGUCUUCUACCUUGGUCCUCAGAAGUCAAAUGUUCAUGGGGGUGAGGGUUCCGAUGCAUACAUAUUAACGAAAGAUGGCGGGUAUACCCACAUCGAUAACUAUGCCAUUGACAUGAAGAACGACAUGCUAGUUAUGAAUUCCACUGAUUUUCAAACAUUGUCAUGUCAGAGGGUAGCCAAUGAUCUUUACAUCAGCAAUUCAGGGUACUCUCAUCAUGUGCAGGUGACCAACUGGUUUAGUGGGGAUCGUUAUCGCCAUCUUAACUUCCUUGCUGAUAAAGGUGUCUUCUUUGAGGUACGUGCUGCGGCCUUUGGCAUUCCACGCUUGGUAGCCAUCGCCAUUGACUGUUCGAAAGACAAGUCGGCACGAACUGUCGAUACCAGUCAGCCUCCUUGGAAAAAUGUUGUAACCGUCCACGGCUCGAACUACUCUGAUACUAUUGUUGGGAAUGACCAAGACAACAGAUUAGAUGGGGGCAAUGGAACGGAUCAUCUAACUGGUGGCAAGGGGAAAGAUAUGUACAUAGUUGAUGCCUACGACACUGGUAACGAUGUUAUCAAUAACUGCGCUGGUGACACACAGACAGACACACUUAUGGUAGGUUUUGAGUUUCUCUCCACGAUUGGACGGAUUGAUAAACUGAAUCUUGAACUUACUGAUAAAAAAUCUGGACACUUCAUUCGGGUUCUCAAUUGGUACAGGGGUCCUGACUGCCAGCACAUGACAUUCGUCUCGACCGAUGGAGUCGCUUAUAAAGCAUCAACAAACACGAGCCUUGAGGAUGUUCCAUUGACCGCAUACUUGAUUGAUAAAGAAAGUAAAUCCAGUGGUCAGACUGUCGAUACAGCAAGCAUUCCGAAGUUCUCUACCGUCGUUUCAGUUAUCGGAUCAAAUUAUACGGACAAGAUCAUUGGUAAUAAACGAGAUAAUUAUAUCUCUGGAGGGCCAGGUGAUGACCUUAUCCGAGGGGAUGAAGGUGCCGAUACCUACGUCAUGAGACCAGGACACGGGUACGACACAAUCAUCAAUCUGGCCUUUGACCGCAAACUUGACACAUUGUUGUUUGGAUUCAAUUUUUCCGACGUGAGUCUAGCGAGGGAGGGAUAUGACCUGAUAGUCAAAAGCAAGGGAUCAACCAAGGCUGCUAAUUUGAAAGAUUGGUUCAAAGGCGAGUUCCACCAGCAUCUAGUAAUCCGAACCAUAGAUGAUGUGGUGAGCGUUCUACCAAAGUCGCAAAAUGAUUCGUUAGUUCUGACCCCGACAGUUAUUGACAAGUCAAAGUCCAAGACUGAUGUACAGAUCAAUUCCAAUAUCAUACCAUGGAGAUCCAUCCAACGGCUGAUUGGAGGUAACCAUUCUGAUAUCUUGACUGGUAAUGAUGAGAUCAACUAUCUGGACCCGAAGAUAGGGGGAUCUAAACUUAUGGGCGGUAACAACAGUGAUACCUAUAUCAUUAAAGUAGGGUAUGGUACAGACAAUGUCAUUGACAAUUUCGCCGCUGAUAAAAAAACUGAUGUUCUCUCAUUCGAAGCCCACUAUUCAGAUAUGAGGCUCGUAGAUGGAGGCAGUGACGAUUUGUUGCUUUCUUCUGUUAAUCAUACAGCUUUGACACUAAGCCACUUCCAGAAAGGACAAGAAUAUCAGCAUCUAUUCAUACAAUCAGGCGACGGCGUUGGCUUCACAUUGAGUCAAAAAAAUGACAGCGAGUCUUUCCAAGCCAUUCCUCUCUUGAUCAACAGAGCUACGUCGUUGAAUCACGAGAAGAUUGACCUGAGAUCAAGUUGGAAUUGGACAGAAGUCAAUUCAGUGAUAGGAAGUUCUACAGCAGCGAAUUACAUUCAAGGCCAAGGUAAAGAUAACACACUUGUUGGGGGAACGAAGGUUGACAGUUUAAAGGGUGACGCAGGUAAUGAUCUUUUGAGGGGAGGUGACGGCGAGAACUUCCUUGAUGGGGGACUCGGCAACGAUACGCUGGUAGGAGGCAAGGACGUCGAUUGGAUGUUAGGCUGGCUAGGCGAUGACUUGCUCUACGGUGGAUACGGGGCUGACAGAAUUGACGGUGGUCCAGGAUGUGACACGGUGCUCUUUUCCGGGAAUCCUGUCAAUAGAACUGGGAUUUACGUGGACCUUCACUAUGGACAAGGUGCUGGCGCAGAUGCUGAGGGAGACAUCUACAUUAGUGUUGAAAAUGUCUAUGGAACUCCAUAUGAUGACGUUCUUAUUGGUAAUGAUGAUGACAAUAUCAUACUCGGACGAGCUGGGAAUGAUGUCAUAUAUCCCGGUAACGGUACAGAUCUACUAAUUGGUGCCGAGGGACGAGAUGUGUAUAUUAUUGGUGGAACAACGGGAGUAAAAACAAUACAGAAUGCUGCUAACGACUCUGCCGAAGACACUCUCACCCUUCUUCCAAUAAGACGUGAGCACAUCAAGAUUGACCGUUAUGGUGACCAUCUCUCUGUCAGCAUAGGUGAUAGGUACUCAGGAUAUUGGUGCCCUGAAGGUGAGCUUGAACCAAUCAUUAUUCAAAACUGGUUUUCUAACGACACGGACAGGCAUCUUGUGAUCCUAUGUAAUGACACAAAACUGAACCAGACGGACCUUGAUGACAUGGCAGUACCAUAUGCAAAGCCUUCUUCCAUGAACAACUUUGUGUGUAGUGUCUACGACUUUGGUGUUGGAAAGGCAGUAGCAAUUGGUCUUGUGUGUUUUGUCAUCCUGGUGGCCCUUAUCGUGAUCAUCGUGCUCGCAUACACUGGAAGGCUGACGAAGUUCGGCAGGAAGACCAGCGAUGACAAAGAAGGACAAAGCUUCAUGUAUUCAGAUUCUGUUAACUUUAAUAGCCUACGGGAGGCUGAUGAACAACUAAACGUCUAGGAUAAUCGAUCGGCAACAACACAUCAUGAUCAGCUUUAGGCCAGGAAUGGACUUCAUCUGGACCAUUAAGAACAACAGAGAUGAAUGCACGAUAUGCAUGUAAACAUACAUGUACAUGUAUGUUUUGCUCACAUCACAACAUUCGCUUUGAGACUUGCAGCGUCGGAGAUGUCCGAAUUACCAAUACCAAUUAAUGACUCCUUUGUUCAUUUUCUUAGCAUUCAAUUGGCAAAUUGAUGAUUCAAAGUGAAAUAAAGAAAUGACAUACGUUAGGGGUAUUUAAGACAAUAUGAUUUCGGCAACUGAUUGGUUGUCGCUAAAAAUUUAUCACGAUAGGCCUACUGUUAUAUUCAUUGAAGUGGGAAUAUAUUCCAGGUUGAAAAGGUUGCCGUAUAAAUUCAUUCUACACCAAAUGGGUGUCUAAUCUCCAUAUUAUUCUCGACCCUAUUAUUCAAGCUGGUCUAUUAUAAAUAUAUUUACCAACAGAAAAUGACUUUAUCCUCCAAGGUUUGAGCAAUUACCUAUAGCAUUCUGAAACAUCAGAGUUAAUCGGUCCGUUACCUCGGAGUCCGGGUCGGCGGAGUGGAUCCAAGACUUGAGGGUCAGGAUGAACUAUAUAGUUGCGCGGACCACUUUAUAUUUAGCUACAUAUAACGUCGUUAUUCAAGUACUUCAUGCUGGCCAAGCCACCAUUGUGGAAAUGGGAACAUGAUUCAAAGAUAUGAAACAUUGCGUUUAGAUGCCUCACUUUGGAAUAUAAUUUACCGGUGGAGGUGAUCUUAGGCAAAAGUUGUCAUUUUCAAAAUCGUCAUACCCGUAAUUCAUUAUUAGUGAGACAAUCUGAUGUGACGGUCUUUUCAUUCGAGAUCACUUUAUAUUUUGUUAGUUUUAUAUGAUUACCCCUGUAGAGCGUUCGAUUCAAUAAAAAGGAUUCUAUCUUAGCUUCUUUUGUAGUUAUCUUGUUUUUUUUCUGAGGCACAAGUUUUUUGCAGCACACUUUGCAAGGCAUGACAUAAACCACAGUACAUUGAUUGGUAAGGUUGACCCCUUUCUCAAUCAAGUCAGGCUAAGCCUGUUUUUAAUGAAAAACCAGUUUUUUGAUGGUGAUAGACAUAUUCAACACCUUUUUAAACAUUCCACGGUGGCUUUGAUUUCCAUUGUGUCUUAUUAGACACUCAUGAAGAAGCCACACGAAACUGUGGAGAAACCCUGCGAUUGGUGGUAAUCAUUAGUCGUCAAUAUUGGACCUUCCAAUUCUGAUAUUACGUUUUAUUUUUUAUGUUCUCGAGAGUUCAGACUUUCGUACCAUACUUCUGAAUCAUAUGUUUAUCGAUUUCAAUGGCCUUACCUUUCCUGGCAGUUAUGAAAGCGGCAAAGGUAACUGCGGAAAAAAGAAGAAUGCAUACGUAUUUUGUCAUGGUUGUUUUUCGAUUCUCAUAAUUACAAAAUAUAUGACAAGUACAAAAGUAUAAAACGCUGAAAGAUAAAUUGACAAGUUUUUCUCGGUUCCCCCUAUUGAAAAGUCUCUCUUAUUGUCUAUUAUAUAGAAAUACAUACGUUGUUUUUACUAAUAAAUUUCAAGAGUGUACAUGUAGA